CGGAGCGGUCACACAAUUCGUUUCUCAUACAGACUUGGGAUAAGUUCCCGAACUAUCGCCAGAAUGCCCUCCGACUUUUUAACACCUUUCCUGGAGCUCGACGAUGAAUUUUGCAAGAAUUUCCGGAGCCUGGACAUGACAGAUGGCGUAAUGCUCGCCACGCAGAAACAGCGCGCCGUGGGAUUUCAACGCAGGCACUCCAUGUGCCCAGUCACUCUCCCCAACUCCAAGUUCAACAGCGGCAGUAUCGAUCCGGUCAACGAGCCUAUCUGCUGGCCUCUGCAGCACGGAAACCAAAACUGGAACCGGGAGCAGCAGUUGUUGCCCAGGUCGUCCAUCAACCAGAUACCGUUUCGAGUGGACCGCUCGGUCAGCAUGAUUGAGAGCCACGUGAAUAGCUUCGAAACCGGCGAGCAGGUCUCCGUCACGCUUCCAGUUCUGCCACCACCUGGUCUAAGUAUCAGCACCAGUUCUCUGUCGUCUCCAAAGUCUCCUGCCUCCACUCCCCCCAUCUCCACGCGUUACAAAACUGAGCUGUGCCGCACCUACGAGGAAAGUGGUACUUGCAAAUACGGGGCAAAGUGUCAGUUUGCUCAUGGCUUGGAGGAGCUCCGAGGUCUUAGCAGACACCCCAAGUACAAAACCGAGCCUUGCCGCACGUUCCACACAAUCGGCUUCUGCCCCUAUGGCGCGCGCUGUCACUUUAUUCACAACGCAGACGAGCAGCAUGCUCCGCCUGGCUGCGUGCCACAGCAGCGUCAACAGAUGCGCGAACGCCCCCAGUUACUGCGUCAGAGCGUUAGCUUCGCAGGGUUCUCGUCUCAAGCACUCAACGGGUUCCACGCUGUCCCAGAGCACCUGACGUUUUCCAGGGCCUCCUCUGUGUCCCCUCCUCCCUCCACUGGCAGCCCAGAUCUCCUCUCCCCCAUAUUUCCAGAGCCAGGUGCGCUGAAACACAGCUACCCGUUCUCCACCGACCUCGGUAACGAUCAGCAAGGCAACCCUCGCUUUUUCGCUGUUACUGACUCCAAAGGUUUCACCGGCUGCGCGCAGCAGAAGUCCGCAACUCAGCACCGCAGCGCAUUCACUCUCACCGGCUUACCAAUGUUGCAGAGAAGCGCGUCGGCUGAUUCCCUCUCUGACCAAGAGGGCUACACCAGCUCCAGCAGCCUGAGCGGCUGUGAAUCUCCCAGCUUCGAGGGCAGACGCCUCCCAAUUUUCAGCCGCCUGUCUGUCUCAGACGAUUAAAGUAACUUUUACAUUUGUGCAUAUUGCAUUUUCCUCUAAGCAGUUUUGGCGAUGCUUUGUUUAGUGAAUAUCUAGCUAAACUUUGAAAUCUGACAAUGUAUACUGUUGUAUACCCGUUUCAGCUAUCAUGGGUACUUGGCGUAGCUUUAUACUAUCUGGUAUUGUUUUCCUGGAAAAAAAGGAGAAUUCUGUUUAAGAAUUUUCUGUACCCAUUUUUUUUAUCAUUAUUAUUUUAAAGUAUGUUGACAAUAAUAUACGAGGGCGUGUAUAAGGACUAACCAUGAACAUCCAGGUGUGAUAAGGCCACUGACUGGCAACGGUAUCAGUACUUGGAACACGUAUGUCACUGCAGAAGAGAGAAUUUAAAUGGUUCUUUCCAAAGCAUGUGCCCCCUUAGUUUUUUACCAAAGCUGAGAAAAAAUAGUGUCUUAAGUCUUGUAGGCAGAGUUAAUUUUAAAUCUUAUGUUUAUUCCAAAAUGUACUGUAAGUAAAGCGUAGCCUUUAGUAAAGGCAUCUAAUGGACAGUAUUAUCGAUUAGUCUAACCAUAGGCCUUGUGUGAUUUAUUUAUUGCCAUUUUUGUCCCACAAUGACCAGAUUUUUCAAGUGUGUGUUAUGCCUCUAAUAUGCUGAAAAUGCUUUACCCAGUUAUUUUUAUUUGCCUUGUGUGAGCUAUUUUGUAGCUUUAAGAGGAAGAAAAAAUAGACUUUCUUGAAUGUAGGAAGCCAUCUCAGGAUUUUAAUUAGCGUCAUUUAAGCAAAUGAGAGUAAUGUUUGUGAGUCACCUUGUUUAAUCAAACUACAAACCAUUGCUCUAAUUGUCCAUUUAACAAUCUAACAUUGCCCACGAUAGGAUGUCACUUUCUAAUAAUGCUUUUAGUCAUAUUGCUAAGUUUCCACCAAAACAACCCGUCUAACAGUGUGUUGCAUAAUCUUUAAGUAUGAUAACUUUUUUUUAA